AAAUACGACGACAGAGAGGCGAAGUUUGGAGAAAGACGGUCUGGAGUGGCUCAGAUCGUCUGCAACAAGUUGGUUUUAGUGACUUUUUUUGUUUAAAAGAAACUCAACCAUUGGACAGUUGUUUAGCUGCAGCUUCGCUCGGAGGAGUUUUAAAGCUCUCUGCUGCGAUGGGUGUGGAGGCAGCUGUGCUGGAAGUGAAGCCGUCUGAGAUGGAAAAUUAAUUAUGUCCGUAUGAGGACAUGGGAACGGGGUGAAGGAAUGAGGGGAGCGGAGCCGGACAGGCAGAGCUGCAGACGUUCAGACGGACCGAGAAGACGACGACAUGGCCUCCAGCACUCCUCCCCCCGGCGGCCUCACCGACCGGAGCGGCAGCUUCUUCAAGCUGAUCGACACGUUUGCGUUGGAGAUCGGGGAGCUGAAGAAGGAGAUGGUCCAGACGUCUCUGACCGUGGACAAGGAGCCCAUGGAGCUGCAAGGGCUGGACAGCGGCGUCUACCUGCAGACGCCCCACUGCGGCGGCUCGGCGGGUGAGAGGGAUUCUGGGUACGACUCCCUGCGGAGGAGGAUGAGCGUCCUGGACCGGCUGACCCAGACUCACCCGGUGUGGCUGCUGCUGGCCGUCAGCGAAGACGACGCCGGCAGCAUCCUGUCGAAGCAGCCUCCAGGGGUGUUCCUGGUCAGAAAAUCGGCCGCUCUGCAGAGGAAGGUUUUGUCCGUUCGUCUGCAGGAGGAUCGGUCGGGAUCUCCCAUCAGCCACUUCCCCGUCAGGGAGAGCCAGUACACCUUCUCUCUUGAGGGAUCUGGGAUCAGCUUCGCGGAUCUGUUCCGCCUCGUCGCCUUUUACUGUAUCAGCAGAGACGUUCUGCCCUUCACGCUCAAACUCCCGGAAGCCAUCGCAUCCGCCAAGACGCAGAAAGAGCUGGAGGAGGUUUCUCAGCUCGGAGCAGGCUUCUGGGACUCGUCACUGUGCUGCCAACGCCGCUCCUCCCCUCGCCCCUGCCGCCCCCUGAGUCGGACCCUCAGCCCCCAGCGCACCACCAGGAACCGAGAGGCCGAGGGCUCACCGGGCCGCCACGCCGGGUCUCACUGCGACAGCGCUCCCCCCACGCUACGAUCCAACGCGCCGCCGCCGUCCUUCCACCUGGAGAGACGACACUCCAGCGGGCCUCUGUGCUUCGUCAACCCACUGUUCCUCCAGACUCACCAUCACCGGCAUCGGCGCCACCGCGAGGACGAACCGUCUUCGCCUGAUGCAGAGGAGUCAAAGCAGCCGUUAACCGGUGACCAGAUCAAACUGAACGGCAAGUCGCGGUCGCCUCCCCCUCGUCCCCCUCCCCCCCGCUCGAUGCCACGCCGGCGUCCUGCCCCGCCUCCGCCCGGACCUCCGGCGACCACCACCAGACCCAAGAGCAUGCCCGAGGCGGCGGUGGCGUCCAAGCUCUAUUCCUCCACCAAGCGCCCAGCACCCGCUCGACCAACGAUGGGCAUCAAGAACAGCAGCCCAUCCAAAACCGCUCCGAUCCCGGUGCCCUCGCACCCGCCGCCUCCAAGGCCCAAGAAGCCCGAUCUGGAGGCCCACCGCUGCCACAUCGCCCUGGAUGACGAGACCAUCGCCAAGGCUUUGUCUCAGGCUAAACUUCCGCCCUGCCGGCCUCCACCUGCUGCCCCUGAAGGGUCCAGUCCUGCAGAAAGGGGACGCCAGCGGCUCAGCGACAUGAGCAUGUCCACCUCGUCCUCGGACUCUCUGGAAUAUUCUCAGUCUCCUGGAUUCUCCCUGGGACUCGCCCCGAGCCCGUCGCACCACCUGAACCACCACCAGGACCCGGUGGAGGACAGCAGCGAGGAGGACGAGGACGUGGAGGAGGAAGAGGAGGAAGACUACGGCGUCGGGCUGGAGGCCGACCUGGAGAUGCGUCUCCGUUCGUCGUUUAAGGCUCGGCGGCGGCGGGUCGGCGUGAGCUUGGGCGGAGGGUCCUUCAUCCUCCCCAGAGCCCUGAAGGGACGCUUCCGGAAGGUGAGCGGGAUGCUGAGCUCGCUGAUGACGCCGGAGAGGCGGGCGGUGAAGAGGAUCGCCGAGCUGUCCAGGGAUAAGAGCUCGUACUUCGGCUCCCUGGUUCAGGACUACAUCGGCUUCGUGCAGGAGAACCGAAGCUGCCACACGUCAGGGAUGGACUUCCUGCAGACCCUGAGGCAGUUCAUGACGCAGACGAAGGCCUACCUUCGGCAAAGCUCUGAACUCGACCCUCCGAUAGAGUCGCUGAUACCCGAGGACCAGAUCGACCAGGUGCUGGAAAAGGCCAUGCACAAGUGCGUCCUAAAGCCUCUGAAGAGCGUCAUCGAGGUGGCUUUACAUGACUUCCAGGUGAGCAGCGGAGCUUGGCAGCAGCUCAGGGAGAACCUGGCGCUGGCGAAGACCAAGAAGCCUCACGAGCUGGGGGUGGACGGAGCCGUGCCGCCCGACUCUUUGGCCAUCGAGAAGAUCCGCCAGAAGUUCCUGAACAUGAGGAAGAUGUACUCGCCCGAGAAGAAGGUGUCGCUGCUGCUGCGGGUGUGCAAGCUCAUCUACACCAUCAUGCAGGACAACUCGGGGAGGAUGUACGGUGCCGACGACUUCCUGCCGAUGCUGACCUACGUGGUGGCUCAGUGCGACAUGCCGCAGCUGGACACGGACAUCCAGUACAUGAUGGAGCUGCUGGACCCGUCUCUGCUUCAAGGAGAGGGCGGCUACUACCUGACCAGCGCUUACGGGGCCAUGUCGCUCAUCAAGAACUUCCAGGAGGAGCAGGCGGCUCGAGUUCUGAGCUCCGAGGCCCGGAACACUCUGCACCAGUGGCACUGCCGGCGCACCGCCCAGCGCUCGGCUCCGACCGUGGACGACUUUCAGAACUAUCUGCGUGUCGCCCUGCAAGAGAUGGACUUGGGCUGCACGGCCAAAACCCUGGUGGUCCACCCGUACACCACCACAGAAGAGGUGAGCUCGCUCUGCGCUUACAAAUUCAAGAUCCCCGACCCCGAGAACUAUGCACUGUUUCUGGUCACCGAAGACACCAGCCAGCAGCUCGCUCCGGACACUCACCCCCAACGGAUCAAAGCCGAGCUCCACAGCCGGCCUCAUGCACAGACCUUCCACUUCGUCUACAGGAGGGUGCCCAACCUGAACCUCUGUAUACCCGCCGUCAUGCAGAACGGAAACUGCCUUCAGGAUGAAUAGCCGGGCGGGGUCGGGGAUGCAGCAGCUUGUCCGGUUCUUGUGGUGCUUGUUUGUUUUCGUAGAUAGAUUUUAGGACGUCUGAAUGGAAGCAGAAGCUGUACAUUGGCGAAUUGAUGCAAAAUAGAAAAAUGCUUUCUUGAUUUGUAGAUGAUGAUGAGUUGGCUGGUGAGUUUAUGAGGAGCCACCACAUGGUAGGAGGGACUCUGGAAAGUGACUGUGUUUACCUCAAACACUUCGAGACUGGUUCAGACUUGGGAAAGAAAAGGACAAAAACUGGUCAAUUUGCAUGUAGGGUUUGGCCGUAUCUGUCGUGGUGAGGCCAGAAGUGGAGGGUUAUAGCACGUGUAGUCGAAGGUGAGACGUUUGAUUGUGUUGGACUUUGAUGCCAUCGUCGGAGUGGACGUCAUGCAGUAAGAUAUUGCGUUUUAUGUAACUGAUUUUGCCUUAACUGCUGUUCUCCAGGUGCCUUUAAAAAGGAAUUGAACAUGAAAUGUGCUACUGAAAGCAGUCAUCCAGUGAUUAGUCAGCAUUCACCGAAAUGAACUUAAAACUUCAUGCUAAAACAUUAUUUAAUAAGUAAAUUGAGCUAUUGUAAAAUAUAUGAUUGUUUGAGGGUUUUUUUUUUAUUAAUGGUCACUACAAUUGCUGGUCAAUUGCAGCUUGUAUUUCUGUGUAGAAAUAUUUUUAUAUUCAAAUGUUUUUCAACCCAUAAGUGACAAAGAUUUGUACUCUGAUUUAAUAUUUCUGUACUGGACUCAAUACUGGACUUAUUUAUGCCAGGUAUUUCUCAAAAGUCAAUUAAAAAAUCAACACUGUUUGUAUUGUUUGUUAUGAGGAGCUCAGAGCUGAUUGUGGAAAUAUAUAAAAUAUGUUCAAAAAGAGGC